AUGGAAAAACUCUAUGGAUCAGACCAAACACCAGGGUUCAAGACGAUUUACAAUGAGGUGAAAAAACAUAGGGGUAUAUGUGAGGAAAUAUUAUAUCCAGAGUUUGUCAGAUUUGACUUUAACCUGCUAGGAAGGGCUGGUCAGGUUUCAUCCGCAGCAGCACUGUACAUGUCCUGCUCACUUAUCCAUGGUUGUGUGGAUCCAAACGCGGAAUGUAGACGAAGAGGUUGUGACAACGUAAUAUGCUACUGUAAAGAGGGUUAUCUGCCAUCCCAUGACUUCACCACAUGUGAAAAAGUGGUUACCCUGGGUCAGCCUUGUAUCUCACGCUGCAGUGGUUUCCACACCAUGUGUGAUCAGACAACGCACGUGUGUGUUUGUGAAAACGGCUACACCGCCAGCCUGGACAACAAAAACUGUGUUUUAAAUGGCAAAGCUCUGCUUGGGGAAACUUGUAGCAAUGGAAGUUGUGCCCUGUCCGAUGAACAGACGUGUCAAGGUGGACAAUGUACAUGUAUCUUUGGUAAACGUCCAGCAACAACUGCUGAACUACAGGCUUAUCCGGAGACAGAGUUGCAAUGCAGAAACAACGAGUAUUCUCUCGAUGUUUGCAGUGCCAGCUCCUUUUUGGAGUUUGUCAGAUUUGACUUUAACCUGCUAGGAAGAGCUGGCCAGAUUUCAUCCGCAGCAGCACUGUACAUGUCCUGCUCAGUUAUCCAUGGUUGUGUGGAUCCAAACGCGGAAUGUAGACGAAGGGGAUGUGACAACUUGAUAUGCUACUGUAGAGAGGGUUUCCUGCCAUCCUAUGAUUUUACAACUUGCGAAAGAGUGGUUACCUUGGGUCAGUCUUGUAUCUCACGCUGCAGUGGUUUCCACACCAUGUGUGAUCAGACAACACACGUGUGUGUUUGUGAAAACGGCUACACCGCCAGCCUGGACAACAAAAACUGUGUUUUAAAUGGCAAAGCUCUGCUUGGGGAAACCUGUAACACUGGAAGUUGUGCCCUGUCCGGUGAACAGACGUGUCAGGGUGGACAAUGUACAUGUAUCUUUGGUAAACGUCCAGCAACAACUGCUGAACUACAGGCUUAUCCGGAGACAGAGUUGCAAUGCAGAAACAACGAGUAUUCUCUCGAUGUUUGCAGUGCCAGCUCCUUUUUGGAGUUUGUCAGAUUUGACUUUAACCUGCUAGGAAGAGCUGUACAGAUUUCAUCCGCAGCAGCACUGUACAUGUCCUGCUCAGUUAUCCAUGGUUGUGUGGAUCCAAACGCGGAAUGUAGACGAAGGGGAUGUGACAACUUGAUAUGCUACUGUAGAGAGGGUUUCCUGCCAUCCUAUGAUUUUACAAUUUGCGAAACAGUGGUUACCUUGGGUCAGUCUUGUAUCUCACGCUGCAGUGGUUUCCACACCAUGUGUGAUCAGACAACACACGUGUGUGUUUGUGAAAACGGCUACACCGCCAGCCUGGACAACAAAAACUGUGUUUUGAAUGGCAAAGCUCUGCUUGGGGAAACUUGUAACACUGGAAGUUGUGCCCUGUCCGGUGAACAGACGUGUCAAGGUGGACAAUGUACAUGUAUCUUUGGUAAACGUCCAGCAACAACUGCUGAACUACAGGCUUAUCCGGAGACAGAGUUGCAAUGCAGAGACAACGAUUAUUCUCUCGUUGAAAAUGUGACGGGUAUUAAAAGUUUGUAA